GGUAAACAUGUCCUAAUUACAUGCCUUACUAAGUUACCGUACCGCCGUUUACAUCUGCACGCACCUCAUUUUUGGGCGUCGUAUUAAUCUAUAUUUAUUGAAUUAUUUCAGCAAAGUUACAACCAUGGCGUCACAGAAUAUAGAUCCGAUGUCGGCUGCAGCAAAUAGUGCGGGCAACAGACGAAAAGAAUCAACCAAACAAGUGACAGAAAGGGUGGAUAGACACAAAGUGACAAACAGACUUAAUCAAGAGUUGAUGCAGCUCAUGAUGAGUCCACCCAAAGGUAUAUCAGCAUUUCCUGAUGGUGACAACAUCUUCAGUUGGAAGGCUACAGUGGAAGGCAGUCCAGAUUCUAUGUACGAGGGUCUCAACUACAAACUCUCCAUGACCUUUCCGCCAAACUACUCCUAUUCCGCACCCACGGUCAAGUUCCUGACCCCCUGCUUCCAUCCCAACGUGGACACGGAAGGCAAUAUCUGCCUGGAUAUUCUAAAAGAGGAGUGGAUACCGACCUACACUGUUUCCUCCAUACUGCUGUCCAUUCAGGGUCUCUUAGCAGCACCCAACGUGGACAGUCCUCUCAACCUUCAAGCAGCCCAGCUCUGGGAGAACCCUGCAGCCUUCAGGAAAACCCUCCACGAGAAAUACCAGGGGGACACCAAGAGGAAAGACCAGGCAAAAUAAAGGCAAUGCAGUGUGUACGAAAACCCCUGCCAUAAUAAAUUACAUGUCGACCCAGAUUGGAAGCAUGUUGGUUCAGAGACGCUUUAUAGUGCCACACAGUCAUCACAUGUUUCAGUAGUGGAUAGUUUACACAUUGCUUUUGCAAAAGCACAUCACCUGGCUGGUUCGAGUCCAGCAAGUUAAGCCCUAGGACAACACUGAGUAUACAGUCGAACCCUGAUAAGAAGAGUAUCGUUGAUACAAUAUCCUGCUUAAAAAAAAGCAAAAUUUUAUGUCCCAAAUCUUUGUUUUCCUUUGUUUUCCAUUACUGUUAAUACAGGGUACCUGUUCGUAAAGCCUCAAGGACCUUGUUAUAAAGGUGUUCGACUGUACAGUGUUUAUAAAUACGUCGACGAAGGGCAAAACCCAAUAUAAAGAUAUAUAUGCCUUGGAUCAUAACUUGCCUAUAUGUAGAAUUAGGUUCGAGUUCUAGAUGGAUCCAAUGUGAACCUUAAAUAAAUGUACGCUUAUGCUCUUUAGCCAUCAGGAAUUUGCCUGUAAUUUUUGUACAAUUUUUGUGUCACCUAAACGAAGUUUAGGGGCACACUUACCAGUCCUAAAUGCUAUAUGUAUUAGGUAAGUACAGUCUGUAUGACCGUACUUACCACAGCUACUUGUGGGGUACUCAUACAAAGGGAAAUUUUGAAAACAAUGCUACCCCACUACUCACCUUUAAAAAAACUGUACCCCAGAAGUGAAAUUCUAAAUAAAAGGUAUAAAAGGACAACAAUGCAAGUACCCCAGAACUUCCAUCUGCUGAGAUACCAGUAUGAAAGUAUCCCUAUAUGACCGUAUAUAUGUUAAAAAUGAGGUUAAGUUUUUGGAAGAAGUGUAUAACCUCUACAUCUUUCAUGGAUUUGGAUGAAACUUAGAUGCACUGACCAUUGGGUGAGAAGACACAAUUCUUCAUGGGAUAACGGAGGUCAAAGGUCAUGUAGAGGUCUUGUUUUUAAAGAUAUGUACAUUUAAGACUUUCACAAUGUUUGAUGAUGAACUACAUGUACUUUUGAUGAGGUUUGAUAAAAAAAAAAUAAAAAGCCUUUCACAAUUUGUAUAAAAUGUGUACCUUUUAAAUUUUGAUGUCAAAAUAAACACUCCAAGAAUAUGGUGUAGAUAUUGCACAAUUUUGGAAAUUUGAGUUCUGGAGAAAAAAAAAAUUCUCAGAAGUCAAUACAUGGGUAUGUAAAUUCUCUUCCUUUUCUUGUGAAGGGGAGCAGUGUCUAUAACAUUCUUUCUAUAUUUCAGUAAAACAUGUUUGUAGUAAUCAUCGAUUAGAAUUUGAUUCGACAGUCAAUGCUCGACUUUAUUUUAAAAGCUAUGUGUACAGAAACGUUGAACAUCUGCUUUAUUAUAUCAGAUUUUUUCUUUCCGUGUAUUUCUUUUGUACAUGAGCACAUUUGAAAACUAGCAAAUCUGUUAUGAAUAUUUGUAUAUGAAUUUUGUCGAUUUUUUUUGUUUUUGUUAAUAAAUGUAAAACUAACAUAUGAAGAAAACACGUUUGUUUCGUGUACAUAUAAUGUGACCCGUCACAUAGUUAGUAUAAAGUCAGACUUUUUAAGAAAUUAGAUAUUUGCACGUUUGUAUUUUGCAGAACAAGAGCUUUCUAAUGGUACAAACAACUGAGAAAGGUAGAACAGGACUAAAAAGAAUUUCAAAUUUUGGAUGUGCCCCACUGUACUGCAAAAUGGUCACACGUGUUCCACAAAUAAUAAGUGCCAUGGCCUAGUGGUCUGGAGCAUUGAAUUUGUGGUCUGUGGGUAAUUUUGAAGGUUGUGGGUUCGAGUCCAGCCUGCGGCAAUGGUGCAUGUGCCCUUGGGCAAGGCACUUUGUCACUCAUUGCUUCUCUCCACCCAGGAGUAAAUGGGUACCUGUGAGGGCAGAGUUGGUUACUGUUAGAGGUUGAUUAUGGCCAAGUGGCUGCCUACCGGCCUUGUAUGCUCCCCAGGGAGAUGAGGUUUCAGGAGUGUUUGCCCGUUGAACAGGGGCAGUAAUAAUUGUAAAGCGCUUUGAUACCCCGUUUAAAAGCCCUAUACUGUAUAUAUGCCUGUUAUUAUUUAUUAUUACAUACAUACACAACAAUGAAGCCACAUGCACAAAGUUUUAGAUCUGCACACGCGCAGCAUUUAUUUACUUCAUUAAAUCUUCCUCAAUACAUGUUUUUAUUACAAAUCCAUGUAUACACUACAUAAGUCUCCAAAAAAUCACAUAAUCUUUCUAAAAAUGCAAGGGAAUAAAUAGACAAAAAUGGCUACCUUUAAAUUUUUUUUUUUAAUUUUUUUUUUUUCACCUCUGCACAACAGAUUAAAUUAUCCAUAUUAAAAUGACAACAGAAAUAAAUUAAAAGAGUGAAAAGAGGCAUCUUCUUCAGAUGAUUGUGUAGCUUUGUUAUAAAGAUCCUAAAAACAAUUCCAUUGUAAUCAUACAAACAGCAAAAGAGAAUAAAAUGACGGACUGUGUGAGAAACCAAA